CUCUGUCACCGACAUUUGCGAAUGGCUGACGGACCUUAGCUCUCAGUUCUGAGAGGGAGUUAAACUUGGUCUAGGGUUCUUAGCAAUGGCGGAGAUAGGGAAGACUCGGCUUGACUCCGGUUGGCUUGCUGCGAGGUCCACGGAUGUUCAACUUAGUGGGACCCAGCUCACCACCACUCACCCUCCCUCCGGACCCACCUCCCCUUGGAUGAACGCCGUCGUCCCGGGAACCGUUUUGGCAACCUUGGUGAAGAACAAAGUUGUUCCAGAUCCUUUCUACGGCAUGGAAAAUGAGACAAUUAUAGAUAUUGCUGAUUCUGGAAGACAGAACUACACAUUCUGGUUUUUUACAACUUUUCAGAGUAAGCUGUCAGGAAAUCAGCACCUGGAUCUGAAUUUUCGUGGAAUCAAUUAUUCUGCCGAAGUAUAUUUAAAUGGGCAUAAAAGAGUCUUGCCAAAAGGGAUGUUUCGGAGGCAUUCUCUUGAUGUUACUGAUAUUCUGCAUCCUGAUGGCCAAAACUUGCUUGCUGUUCUUGUUCACCCUCCCGAUCAUCCUGGGAGAAUUCCUCCUAAGGGGGGGCAAGGUGGUGAUCAUGAGAUUGGAAAAGAUGUCGCCACACAGUAUGUUGAGGGAUGGGAUUGGAUUGCUCCUAUAAGGGAUAGGAACACUGGCAUAUGGGAUGAGGUAUCUAUUUCUAUAACCGGGCCAGUGAAAGUAAUUGACCCCCACUUGGUUUCAUCGUUUUUUGACAAUUACAAGCGGGUAUAUUUGCAUGCUACAAUCGAGUUGGAAAAUAAAAGUAGCUGGGUGGCUCAGUGUUCUUUGAAUAUCCAAGUGAGUACAGAACUAGAGGGAAACAUUUGUUUAGUAGAGCAUCUUGUGACUCAACAUGUAUCAAUCCCUGCUGGAUCACGAGUGCAGUAUACUUUUCCUCAGCUUUUUUUCUACAAGCCCAACUUAUGGUGGCCAAAUGGUAUGGGAAAGCAAUCCCUGUACAAUGUUCAAAUUACUGUUGAUGUGAAGGGAUACGGAAAGUCUGAUGCAUGGAGCCAUCUAUUUGGAUUCCGGAAAAUUGAGAGCCAUGUUGAUAGUGCCACUGGUGGAAGGUUGUUCAAGGUCAACGGGCAGCCUAUUUUUAUCCGUGGUGGUAAUUGGAUAUUGUCAGAUGGGUUACUACGUCUUUCAAAGAAGCGGUACAAAACAGACAUCAAGUUUCAUGCUGAUAUGAAUCUAAACAUGAUUCGUUGUUGGGGUGGCGGAUUGGCCGAGAGGCCAGAAUUUUAUCAUUAUUGUGAUAUUUAUGGUCUUCUGGUGUGGCAAGAGUUUUGGAUUACAGGAGACGUUGAUGGACGGGGUGAGCCUAAAUCAAAUCCAAAUGGUCCUCUCGAUCAUGAUCUAUUCUUGCUAUGUGCAAGAGACACUGUCAAGCUCCUAAGGAACCAUCCUAGUCUUGCUCUCUGGGUAGGUGGAAAUGAACAAGUUCCACCAGAUGACAUCAAUGCAGCUUUGAAAAAGGACCUAAGACUCCAUCCCGAUUUCGAAAAUCCCAAUGAAAUGAGCAAACCUUCUGAAGAUCUAUUACCAGCGUUCAAGGAUCCUAGCCAAUAUCUUGAUGGCACACGUGUCUACAUCCAAGGAUCUAUGUGGGAUGGGUUUGCAAAUGGAAAGGGGGACUUCACGGAUGGCCCUUAUGAAAUCCAAAAUCCUGAAAACUUCUUCAAAAAUGAUUUUUACAACUAUGGAUUCAAUCCGGAGGUUGGUUCUGUUGGGAUGCCUGUGGCAGAUACCAUCAGAGCAACAAUGCCUCCAGAAGGCUGGAAGAUUCCGCUGUUUAGGAAGGUUUCUGGAGGGUAUACAGAAGAGGUUCCAAACCCUAUAUGGGAAUACCAUAAAUAUAUACCUUAUUCAAAACCACAAAAAUUUGUUCCUGAUCAGAUUCAACUCUAUGGUACCCCAGAGGAUCUUGAUGAUUUUUGUUUGAAGGCUCAACUGGCUAACUACAUUCAGUAUAGAGCACUGCUGGAGGGCUGGACUUCCCAUAUGUGGAGUAAAUUCACUGGCGUCCUGAUUUGGAAGACACAGAAUCCAUGGACUGGUCUUAGAGGCCAGUUUUAUGAUCAUCUUCUUGACCAAACAGCAGGUUUCUAUGGCUGUCGCUGUGCUGCAGAACCAGUCCAUGUCCAGCUGAAUCUGGCUACGUAUUUUAUAGAGGUUGUCAAUACCACAUCAGAAGAACUUUCUAACAUAGCUAUUGAAGUCUCGGUCUGGGAUCUUGACGGUACAUGUCCAUACUACAAAGUUUUUGAAAAACUCUCCGCUCCACCCAAAAAAACACUGCCCAUUGUUGAAAUGAAGUAUCCCAAGUCUAAAAACCCAAAGCCAGUCUACUUCCUUCUUCUCAAACUCUACCACAUGUCAGACUAUGGCAUUUUAUCUAGGAACUUUUACUGGCUGCAUCUGUCUGGUGGAGAUUACAAGCUGCUGGAGCCAUACAAAAGUAAAAAAAUACCCCUCAAGAUUACAUCUAAGGUUUUCAUCGAGGGCUCCACUUAUGAAAUUGAAAUGCAUGUUCAAAACACAUCAAAGAAAGCUGACUGUAGAACUUUAACCUAUUUGAACAAGUUCAUGGCUAGGCAAGGCAAUGGUGAUUUUGAUAUGGCCUCAGUGGAACCUGUACACAGUGGGACUGAUGAAAAGCCUGAGAUCAGCAUUUUACAGAGGAUUUACAGAUGUUUGACAAAGGAAAACGAUGGCUUGAGGGUUGCUGAAGUGAAUGGGACUGAUGUAGGAGUUGCAUUCUUCCUUCAAUUUUCUGUUCAUGCUGUGAAGAAGGACCCCAAGAAAGGUGAGGACACAAGAAUUCUUCCUGUUCAUUACUCAGACAACUAUUUCUCAUUGGUACCCGGUGAGGCUAUGCCAAUCAAGAUCACUUUUGAGGUCCCUCCAGGUGUCACCCCUCGAGUCACGCUUCGUGGCUGGAACUACCAUAAUCGGCAUACUGUCCUUUGAGCUUGGGUAAAGAAUAAUUAUUUCAUGUUGAUUGCUAUGUUGUGGAAAGCAUCAACGCCAUGGGUAGAUUGUAAUCAUCAACUACCCACAAUUACACGCUUGAUUGUUUGCUGUGAGAGACAUUUGUUACUGAAAGUUCCAGCAGUAAUACCUGGAAUAAAGCGGCCAAAUCAAUUGGGAGAGAAGCUUCAAUUCUUUCUACCAUGGUUACAUCGUUGCUGAAUACCUCCAUAAGCCUUAUAUAAUAUAAUGUUAUGAUCUCAACUCCAAUUGUAAACAACUUGCAGAGAUGAACUUUAUUUAUAUAAUAUAAGUUUCUCUUGUGAGUUUUGUUUUA